AACAGUCGCAGCCAGUUUCUGCACUUUCGAUUUCGCAGUUUGCAGUUGACUGACGCAUCAAAUCGACGAAAAUCGGCAGGGAAAGCACGGGUAGAGUCGAUUUCGAGUGCAAUUGGCGAGCGCCCCGAAGGCUUCUUUCCAUGGUUUUGUAGUGGAAAUCAUCGGCAAAGCAGCUGCAUGGCCGACAAGGCGCCCAAUUUCGGCUCGGCCGAGGAGGAGGCCAAGUACUGGAAAGAUAUGGCCCUGCAAUUCCAAAAGGGCAUGAUCGAGGCCAGGGAAGAACUCGAGGAAUUCCAGGAAAACUCGCGAGACUUGGAGCACGAGCUGGAAGCUCAACUGGAGCAAUCGGACGUUCGAUACCGCGAGCUGCAAGUGAUCUCAACGCGGAUUCAGAAUGAGAACGAGACGUACAAGGUGCGCAAUGAUCAGCUGCAGCAACAGUUCCAUCACCAGCUCACCAGUCUGGAGAGCGAACUCGAGGACCAUCGACGGCGGGCAGAGGAAUUCCACAAGUACAUCCGAGAACUGGAGCAGAGCAACGACGAGUUCGAGAAGUCGACUCGCAUCAUGCACGCCACCAUCGAGGACCUCGAGUCUAAACUGAAUAUAGCCAUUGAGAGGAAUGCGUUUAUUGAGUCGGAACUGGACGAGAAGGAGGGCCUCAAAACAAUGGUUCAAAGGCUAAAGGAUGAGUCCCGUGAUCUGCGGCAGGAGAUGAAAGUGAGAGAAAGGAGAGAAAUGCCUGACGUCGAGAACAAGAAGAACCUGGAACUGAGCAAGUCUCACGACAAGUUGAUCAAAUUUGAGCUAGAUUCGCCUGGGACGCCUUUGAAGGUGAACACCCAGCACAACACUGGUGCAGCCUCUCCGGCGUUGACCCCGUCAGCCCGGAUUUCGGCGCUCAACAUUGUGGGCGACUUGCUGCGAAACGUGAGCGCUCUGGAAAACAAGGUGGCUCAUGCGAGAAGCCUGCCACGCCGAAGCGCAGACGCCAACACGACUGAGUCCCCAAGGUUUGUGCGGACUCGCAGGGUUUGAAACAAGACUCGAGUGAGAAGCAACCGCACCUCCACAACAAACACCCCCGCAAAGAGUGUGAACAACAACAACUCGCCCACCAAAAGCAACAAAUCGUCCUCGGGUCUGAUCCGAGCCUAGAGCCCAUCCUCAAUUAUCUCUGGCGUAAAAUAAUCGCAAAUUAAUUCAGUCGUCAACUCCACAGUCAGACCAAGCAACCGGUCUUGCAGCCAAGAGUUGUUAGUGAGUUGAUUUUCCUGUUCUGCUUGCGUCCGGCAAGCCCUCUUUUAAUUCACUCGUGUUUAUCCUGUGUUUGUGUUUUUAACAGAGCAGGUGGUAUUUUUAUCGUACUGAAAUGGGGCAGUUGAGCGGAGGCUCGUUUGUGUACAUUACAUAUAUAUUUCCUAAGUACGAAAGUCAAGUACAGAGAUUUAUUUAAUUAUAAUAUAUGGAUUAUAUGAAUUAGCAAACUUGGUUAUCUGUAUAUUACGUACCAAAAGAAUGGUUCUUAUUUUUCAACGUACUUUCCACCGGCUUUUUGUCGUCUAUGAAAUUUAUCACAUAUUUAUCUAACGUUUAACACUAUCACACCCACACUGUCCGUGCAAUCUGUAAAAGACUAUUGGCCCCAGGUGAUGGAGCCGAAGUAACCGCUGAAAAUAAACCAAGCAAGAACAAUUAACUGUAUAAUUAUGCUUUAGGCAUUCAUUAUAGAAUAGGGUAUAAAAAAGGAGCACAGGCGGUGCUUAGCUUCGUGAUGAACCAAAAUGAACAUGAAUAAAAACCAAAUUUGGCAUUUGAAUUCACA